GUUAACAUUAUACUUAGGGGACACAAAAAAACAAUUAAUCAAAAGAAGAAGAAAAACAAAAACAAUGGUGUCUCCAAAAUCUUCUUCAAUGUGUUCAAUGUUUUUGUUCCUUGUGCUGUCAGCUGCUUCAUUGGCAGCUUCAGCUUCAGUUCAAGAAAAUUUCAUCCAAUGUCUCGACGACAAUUCCGAGUUUUCUGUUCCAAUAGCCACAGCCUUUUUCACCCCAAACAACUCUUCCUUCACUACUGUCCUCAACUCCUCUGCACAAAACCUUAGGUACUUAGUGCCUUCAGCGCCAAAGCCUGAGUUCAUUUUCUUGCCUAUGCAUGAAGCACAUGUCCAAGCAGCUGUAAUUUGUUCCAAAAAGCUUGGAAUUCAUCUCAGAGUACGUAGUGGAGGCCAUGACUAUGAGGGUCUCUCCUAUGUAUCAGAACUUAUAUCACCUUUCAUAAUAGUUGACUUGGCCAAGCUUAGAUCUGUUGAUGUUGAUAUAGCAGACAAUAGUGCAUGGGUUCAGGCCGGUGCUACUAAUGGCGAAGUUUACUACAGAAUUUAUGAGAAAAGCAAAGUCCAUGGCUUCCCAGCUGGUCUUUGUACCAGCUUAGGCAUUGGUGGGCACAUAACUGGAGGUGCAUAUGGUGCCAUGAUGAGAAAAUAUGGCCUUGGUGCUGACAAUGUUAUUGAUGCUCGAAUUGUUGAUGCAAAUGGCAAUAUUCUUGACAGAAAAGCCAUGGGAGAAGAUCAUUUUUGGGCAAUUAGAGGUGGUGGAGGAGCAAGCUUUGGAGUCAUUCUUUGGUGGAAGAUAAAGCUAGUUCCUGUCCCAGAAACUGUGACAGUUUUCACAGUUCCUAGGACCUUAGAACAAGGUGGAACAAAGCUCCUCUAUAAAUGGCAACAAGUUGCUGAUAAGCUUGAUGAAGACCUCUUUAUCAGAGUCAUCAUCUCACCUGCACCCAAAGCUGGUGCUAAAGGUGAGAAAACAAUCACAACUUCUUACAAUGCUUUAUUUCUUGGUGGUGCUGAUAGAUUACUCCAAGUUAUGAAAGGAAGUUUCCCAGAGUUGGGUUUAACCAAAAAGGAUUGUCUUGAAACAAGCUGGAUUAAAUCAGUGCUUUAUAUUGCUCAGUUCCCAAGUGGUACGCCCCCAGAAGUUUUGCUCCAAGGAAAAUCCACAUUCAAGAACUAUUUCAAAGCCAAAUCAGACUUUGUCAGAGAACCAAUUCCAGAGACAGGACUUGAGGGACUCUGGCAAAGGUUAUUUCAAGAAGACAGUCCUUUGAUGAUCUUUAAUCCAUAUGGGGGAAUGAUGAGCAAGAUUCCAGAGUCAGAAAUCCCAUUUCCUCACAGAAAUGGAACUUUGUUCAAAAUCCAGUACGUAACUUUGUGGGAAGAACCAGGUGAUCAAAUUCAAGCAAAGCAUUUUGACUGGAUUAGGAAGCUUUACAACUACAUGACUCCUUAUGUUUCAUCGUUUCCAAGGCAAGCUUAUGUGAAUUAUAGAGAUCUUGAUUUGGGGAUAAACAACCACACAAACUUUGUACAAGCAAGUUCUUGGGGGAACAGGUAUUUCAAGGACAACUUCGACAGAUUGGUAAAAGUGAAGAGCAAGGUUGACCCAGACAACUUCUUCAGGCACGAACAGAGCAUCCCAGUUCUUCCAGUUUCUUCAAAGUAAUGGGUGUGAAUGAUACAGAUAGUAAAUGCUCGGAUUGGUUGGACAACUUCACUUUGUCUCUGUUACUAUAGCUAGUGUCGGUUAGUCAAAAUUGUAAUAAACGAAUGUUAUGUUUUUUUUUUUUGAUACGAAUGUUAUGUUAUGUAAUAAACGAAUGUUAUGUUUAUGUAGAGUCAAGUGUUGUAGAAAAUCGGUGUCUCCAAAAAAAAAAAAAAAAAAAAAAGGUAUUGUAGAAAAUCGAUGUAAUGCUUUCUCUUUUCCAUAAAGUGAUAUUACUCUCUGUUAUUAAA